AUGAAUUUUGAAACUUCACGGUGUGCUCCCCUACAGUACUGUCCCGACCCUUACAUCCAGCGUUUUGUGGAAACCCCAGCUCAUUUCUCGUGGAAAGAAAGUUAUUACCGAUCUACAAUGUCUCAGAGCACACAAACAAGUGAAUUCCUCAGUCCAGAGGUUUUCCAGCAUAUUUGGGAUUUUCUAGAACAGCCCAUGUGUUCGGUUCAGCCCAUUGACCUGAACUUCGUGGAUGAACCAUCAGAAAAUGGUGCAACAAACAAGAUCGAGAUUAGCAUGGAUUGUAUUCGCAUGCAGGACACAGACCUCGGUGACCCCAUGUGGCCACAGUACACGAACCUGGGGCUCCUGAACAGCAUGGACCAGCAGAUUCAGAACGGCUCCUCAUCCACCAGCCCCUACAACACAGACCACGCACAGAACAGCGUGACGGCGCCCUCGCCGUACGCGCAGCCCAGCUCCACCUUCGAUGCCCUCUCGCCGUCGCCAGCCAUCCCCUCGAACACAGACUACCCGGGCCCGCACAGCUUCGACGUGUCGUUCCAGCAGUCGAGCACCGCCAAGUCGGCCACCUGGACGUAUUCCACAGAACUGAAGAAGCUCUACUGCCAAAUCGCAAAGACAUGUCCCAUCCAGAUCAAGGUGAUGACGCCACCUCCCCAGGGCGCAGUCAUCCGGGCCAUGCCUGUCUACAAGAAAGCUGAGCAUGUCACAGAGGUGGUGAAGCGGUGCCCGAACCAUGAGCUGAGCCGCGAAUUCAAUGAGGGUCAGAUUGCCCCUCCUAGUCACUUGAUUAGAGUAGAAGGGAACAGCCAUGCCCAGUAUGUCGAAGAUCCUAUCACAGGAAGACAGAGUGUGCUGGUCCCUUAUGAACCACCCCAGGUUGGCACUGAAUUCACAACAGUCCUGUAUAACUUCAUGUGUAACAGCAGUUGUGUUGGAGGGAUGAACCGCCGUCCAAUUUUAAUCAUUGUUACUUUGGAAACCAGAGAUGGGCAAGUCCUGGGCCGGCGUUGCUUUGAGGCCCGAAUCUGCGCUUGCCCUGGAAGAGACAGGAAGGCUGAUGAAGACAGCAUCAGAAAGCAGCAAGUUUCGGACAGCACAAAGAACGGUGAUGGUACGAAGCGCCCUUUUCGCCAGAACACACAUGGCAUUCAGAUGACAUCCAUCAAAAAACGAAGAUCUCCAGAUGAUGAACUGUUAUACUUACCAGUGAGAGGUCGUGAGACUUAUGAAAUGCUAUUGAAGAUCAAGGAGUCCCUGGAGCUCAUGCAAUACCUUCCGCAGCACACGAUCGAAACAUACAGGCAGCAGCAGCAGCAGCAACACCAGCACUUACUUCAGAAACAGACCUCGAUGCAAUCUCAGUCUUCAUAUGGUAACAGCUCCCCACCUCUGAAUAAAAUGAACAGCAUGAACAAGCUGCCUUCGGUGAGCCAGCUUAUCAACCCUCAGCAGAGGAAUGCCCUCACCCCCACCACCAUUCCUGACGGCAUGGGAGCCAACAUUCCCAUGAUGGGCACUCAUAUGCCAAUGGCUGGAGACAUGAAUGGACUCAGCCCCACCCAGGCCCUCCCUCCCCCACUCUCUAUGCCAUCCACCUCCCACUGCACUCCCCCACCUCCGUACCCCACAGAUUGCAGCAUUGUCAGUUUCUUAGCAAGGUUGGGCUGCUCAUCAUGUCUGGACUAUUUCACGACCCAGGGGCUGACCACCAUCUAUCAGAUUGAGCAUUACUCCAUGGAUGAUUUGGCAAGUCUAAAGAUCCCGGAGCAAUUCCGACAUGCCAUCUGGAAGGGUAUCCUGGACCACAGGCAGCUCCAUGACUUCUCCUCACCUCCCCAUCUCCUGAGGACCCCAAGUGGUGCCUCCACGGUCAGUGUGGGCUCUAGUGAGACCCGUGGGGAGCGUGUGAUUGAUGCUGUGCGCUUCACCCUCCGCCAGACCAUCUCCUUCCCACCUCGGGAUGAGUGGAAUGACUUCAACUUUGACAUGGAUGCUCGUCGCAACAAGCAGCAGCGCAUCAAAGAAGAAGGGGAGUGAGCCCUAGUAUUUGGGCUUUUCCUCCAAUUCUGCCCUGCCCAGCCUCCUACAUGGCACUCCUGCUUGAUCUUCAAAACGCUUUCUCUCUGUCUCUCUCUCUUUCCCUGUCUCUCUCGCUCUCUUCUCCUUCUCACUCUGAUUUCCUAAGGGAAGGAGGAAUAAGAGGUUACCUCUUACCUAAAUUCUGACCCAGCAUCUGAUUCUAACUCUGGCUUUAAGCCUUCAAAACUUGCUUGCAGGACUGCAUUGUCAUGGCUUGAUAGAUGUGAGCAGAGAAA